ACUUCCCUAAGAGAGGAGAAAAAUCAGAUUAUAACUACAAAUGUUUGGUUAAAUUUGGAAUGGGUGGACGUCAACCUCAGGUGGAAUGCUAGCGAAUACGGUGGAGUAAAAGACCUGCGCAUACCGCCUUGGAGAAUUUGGAAACCAGACGUUUUGAUGUACAAUAGCGCAGACGAGAAAUUUGAUGGAACCUAUCACACAAACGUCGUGGUUCGAAACAACGGAAGCUGCACGUACAUUCCGCCGGGCAUCUUCAAAAGCACGUGCAAGAUUGAUAUCACCUGGUUUCCUUUCGACGAUCAGAGAUGCGAGAUGAAGUUUGGUUCGUGGACGUACGAUGGAAAUCAGAUAGAUCUCCGUCUUGCGUCGGAGGAUGGCGGAGAUUUGUCGACGUAUAUAUCCAAUGGGGAAUGGCAGCUUAUUGCACUGCCAGGGACCAGAAAUGUAAUUGUUUACGCCUGCUGCCCCGAACCUUACGUAGACGUUACAUUUUACAUCCACAUUCGCAGAAGAACCCUAUAUUAUGGUUUUAACCUCAUCAUCCCAUGUGUGCUCAUUUCAUCUAUGGCGCUGCUUGGAUUUGCGCUGCCUCCAGAUUCUGGAGAAAAACUAACUCUUGGUGUGACGAUUCUGCUAUCACUGACUGUGUUCAUGCUACAAUUAGCUGAAGCUAUGCCACCGACUUCAGAUGCCGUCUCUAUUAUAGGUGUGACUAUCCUGCUUGCUAUGAUUGUCUACCUUACGCUGGUCGCUGAAGUUAUGCCUCCAACUGCAGACGCAGUCCCAUUAAUAGGGGCAUACUUCGCUUGCAUUAUGGUCAUGGUUGCGUUUUCUGUGGUCAUGACUGUAGUUGUUUUAAACUAUCAUCAUAGAGGUACAGACACACAUGAAAUGCCAGAGUGGAUCAGAAAACUUUUCUUGAACUGGCUACCACGCAUCCUCAUGAUGAAACGUCCACCCCCCAAGCUCAAAAGAAAAAAGAGCCUCCUCGUCAACUCCCGGAAGGACUUCGAGCUGAAGGAGCGCUCGUCCAAGAGCCUCCUGGCCAACGUCCUGGACAUAGACGAGGCCGGGUUUCGCGGCACAACCCCUUCCACCAUCGAAGUUGGCGCCAACCCGGCCUUCGAGGAACAACUGCCAGCGACCGUCCGAGGCUGCUUCGCCACGAGUCGUGAGCUCACUGCCAUUCUGCGAGAGAUUCGGUACAUCACGAGUCGCAUGAGGCGGGAAGACACGCUCAGCGAGACCAUCGCCGAGUGGAAGUAUGCGGCCAUGGUGGUUGAUAGGGUGUGCCUCAUCCUUUUCACUACAUUCACGGUGCUAUCCACAUGUAUCUGUCUCUUUUCUGCACCACACCUUAUCGCCUGA